CCAGUUGUUCUCACGACGAGCAUCAAGAAAGCUAUCUCCAGCUCCCCCCAGCGACCAUCCUCAAGAGAAUUCCGACAAAAAUGAAGUACAACGCCGACGUUUCCUCCUCACGGCGCAAGGCACGCAAGGCCCACUUCGAUGCGCCCUCUUCUAUCCGACGAAAAAUCAUGUCUUCGGCGUUGUCCCGGGAGCUUCGUACCAAGUACCAGUCCCGCUCUUUACCCAUUCGUAAGGAUGAUGAAGUGAGGAUUGUACGAGGAAAAUACAAGGGACGGGAGGGCAAGGUCACACAGGUGUACAGGAAGAAAUGGGUGAUACACGUUGAGCGUGUCCAGAGGGACAAGUCGAAUGGUGCGACUGCGUCGAUUGGUAUUCACCCCAGCAACGUCGUUAUCACCACGAUCAAGUUGGACAAGGACAGGCGUGCAAUCCUCGACAGGAAAAACCGAAACAAGUCUGGUCAAGACGUUGAGAUGGUCGACUAAUGGUAUGGAGGGUUUCCGUUUAUUCUACCUUGUCUUCACGUAUGUGUCUAUGGUGUCUUCCCUUAUGUCGCACGAGAUAUGCAACGCAGGUGAUUGGCCUCGCUGGAACAUGAAAAUACACGCAUCUUCGAAAG